ACGUUCAAACGGUGGUGAGCCUCUCUCCCCAAGAAAGUUACUUUUUACGUUGUCAUCAAAACUUUUUUUUCUUAUGACAAUCCGAAAUUGUAACGCGAAAUUAACGCGAAAAUUUGUGGAAAAGGUUAAAAUGAAGUGUAAUUAUUCAGUGUUGAAAUAGUUUGAGUUUGGAUACGAUUUUCGGUAGGGCGAGGUACAAGUUUUUUCUUCCCCGCUUCAUUUUUUUUGGCGGAAUGACGAUCUUCGGCGCUUGGAGCCCUUUACUCUUCGUCCUUUUUUUAUUUUGCGAAGAAUCGAUAUCGUUACGGAAUGUAAUCUUGGAUAUCGAACCAAAAGUCGUCCAACGUGGCGGAUAUUCGACAUUGAGCUGUUCAUACGAUUUGGGUGAAUCGCAACUGUACACGGUAAAGUGGUACAGAGGGCAACACGAGUUCUAUCGGUACACUCCUAGCGAACACCCCAGCACAAAGACGUUCCCCUUCAGGGGUGUCAACGUGGACAUAGACCUCGACCUGUCGAACGAACACCAGGUGGUUCUGAGGAACGUCGACUUCCAGUUAUCCGGAAAGUUCAGCUGCGAGGUCACCACGGAAACUCCAAUACUGACAGUGACAGCGGAUACUAAUAUGACUGUCGUUGUUUUACCAGAACAUCCCCCAAGUUUAACGACGGAUAAAAGUUUUUAUGUCGUUGGGGAUGUUUUAAAAGUAAAUUGUUCAUCCUCCCCAGCAAGGCCAGCAGUGAUUCUCAGUUUUUUGAUGAACAACCUUGUGGUGUGUGAAAAAUGUGAAACUAGAAAAUACCCAGUAGAUGAUCUCUUUUGGAGUGAGAUUUCGCUUCAGCUGCCUCUGUUUCCAUCCCAUUUUUUAGAAGGUCGUUUAGUUCUUAGAUGCGUAGCCGCGAUUUCAGAUAUUUACCAAACCCAUACGGAAAUGAGGCUCGACAAUACAAAAGAUCCUAUUCCGGAAAGAGUUACAUUUCCGCACAACUCUUCUGUAGCGUUCUUCUCGCCAAAGACUUUUGUAUCGAUAAUUGUGUUGUUAGCCCUAAUAUUCAGAUAAGUGAAGUGUUGCCAAAAAAAAUUUAAUUUUUCGUUAUUGUUUCUUUUAUAUUAGAGGGUAAUGUUAAAUAUAAGUAAUCAAAAAAUUAUAAAAUGGAGAAGUAUGUAAGUUUGUAUUAUACGAUUAUAAAGCGAAAUAAUUAAUAAUAAUUGUGAUGUAAAAAAAUACCAGAGACUAUACGACUAGUCAAAAUAAAAAAAUAAACGAUGUUUUUAGUCUGUUUUAUAUUUAUAGGUUUUGAAAAAAUAAAAAAAACCGUAUUUAGAACGGUACUUUUAGCCAAUUAUGUACUACAUUUAGUGCACUUUCGGACAAAUAAAUGUUUAAUUUUCAA